AUGGGGAAGAGGCUAUGCCGGGUGAGAAUGACGACUAGAGGAGAGACUGUGGUAGCGAGUGCAGUGCUGGAGGAGAACGAUAGUGGCAAGACAACGGAGUCGGGAUUAUAUUGGAUGGUGUCUCUUGGAGGAGGACGUCGACGGCCGAUUGGGUUGAUGCAGACGACGGAUUUCGGCAGCAUAGAGGAGGGAGACAUGAUUUUGUUUUGUUUGUGA